AUGAUAGUCGUGAGUAUUUACGUAUUCAUUAUUUUCAAUAUUCAUAUAGUUAAAACAGAUGAUUGUCAAUAUUCGACCCCUGAGGGGAUCUUCGAUUUGAGAACGUUUGGUUAUAAAAAUCAACCAAAAUAUAAAAAUGUCGCUGCUAGUGGCUCACCGUUCCUUAAAUUUUCAUUUAAUGGCUGUUUUCCGUAUUCAACAACAGAUACUUGUAAAAAUGCUGCUGCUUGUGUUACUGAUCAAAUCACAAGUACUGAUAUGUUGAUCGCUCGUCAAGUAAAUCGGAAAUUUACGUACGCUCAUGGUAUAAUAACCAUAGUCUAUACAGAUGGAGCUGCCAGUACGGUCAAUGUUUUUCUCAUCUGUAACGACACGGAAUCGGCUCAAGCUGCACAGAUCAAUGACAAUACUUAUUUGUUCAAUAUUGAAAGUAAAUGCGCUUGUCCUGGCAAAUGUAUAUACACGCCAGACGAAUCAUCAGGUGGUUUAACAGGUGGAGCUAUUUUCAUAAUAAUUCUAGUUUCUGCGAUGGCAAUUUAUGCUAUUGCCAGUGUUAUUUUCCUUCGAUUCGUAAAACAUGAACAAGGUAUUAAUCUUGUACCAAAUCGAAAUUUAUGGUUACAACUAGGACAUGAUUCAAUUCAUGGCGUGAGAUUUCUUGUUGCGAAAAUUCAGCGAAGAAAUACAUACGAAGAAGUUUGA